AUGAAGUGCCAGUCACUCCUCACCAGAGCGGCCGCUUUGGGACUUUGUUCUCUCGCAUUGGCCCAAAUUGAUACCUUUUCGCCGGAAAGCCAGAGGGAUGUCUACUACAGCAUCACGACAGCGUCCUCAAGAUCAGGCCCCGUUUUCUUCCAGAUUCGCGCUCCCACGACCUUCCAAUGGGUCGCGCUAGGCCAAGGAACAAGAAUGGCCGGCGCAGACAUGUUCGUUCUGUACGCGGCAUCCUCGCAGAAUGUGACCUUCUCCCCACGCUCAGGGACUGGGCAUGUCCCGCCGCAGUAUAAUCCCCAGGCCGACGUUUCCCUCCUCAAUGGCAGCGGCAUCGAAGAUGGCGUGAUGACAGCCAACGUGCGCUGCGACUCAUGUAACUAUUCGCCCAGCUCCUCAUGGAUAUUCGCGUACAAAGGCGGCCGGCCACUCAACUCCGACAGCCUGGAAGCAGACAUCGGCUUCCACGAUGACUUUGGCGGAACAACCGUUGACUUAUCAAGGGCCGUCUCGACCACCGAGAACCCGUUCUUGAACUAUGAUCCCAGCUCGCCCGCAGACCAGCCCAGCGAGGUCGGCGGAGGCACAAGAGACAACUCGACUACCCUGAUCGCCCACGGGUUUGUUAUGGCAAUCACAUUCGUGCUUCUCUUUCCCUCUUUCGGGCUUCUAACUGCCCUGUCGAUUCGCGGCAUCAUCGUCAAGGCGCAUGCGCCACUGCAAAUCAUCGCCUUAUUCAUGGCAAUCGCAGGCACAGGAUUAGGAAUCAAACUCGCACUAGACAGCGACAUCUUGGAUGACGUCCACGCAGUGCUUGGUCUUCUUGUGGUUGGCCUGCUAGUCCUGUUCCAGCCCGCAAUGGGCCUCCUUCAGCACCUCCAUUUCCGCCGCACAGGCAGGAAGAGUAUCUUCAGUUCCUCCCACCGCUGGCUGGGCCGCGUAAUAAUCAUUGUCGGAGUUCUAAAUGGAGGGCUUGGCUUCCGCUUGGCAGGUAUCGGCAACCCCAAUACACCAAAAAGCGCCGUCAUCGCUUACUCGGUGAUCGCGGGAGCAAUGGGACUGGUCUAUGUUGCCGUAAGAGCAUUUGUGAGGCGGGAUCGCCAGACUGGUCCGAAGAGAUCAGUGGGCAAUGAGAGUAAUAGCCAGCAAAUGACUUGA